AUGCCGACAUGGCCGAGGACAUGCAGCAGGAUGCCAUUGACUGUGCCACGCAGGCUCUGGAGAAGUACAAUAUUGAGAAAGACAUCGCUGCAUUCAUCAAGAAGGAGUUCGACAAGAAGUACAACCCUACCUGGCAUUGUGUCGUUGGCCGAAACUUCGGUUCCUACGUCACGCAUGAGACGAAGCAUUUCAUUUACUUCUACCUCGGCCAGGCAGAGAUGUUUGAGACUGAAAAUGCUGCAUGCGAACACGUUGAGAGAAGAACAGAGGCAGACUCAUGGCUGA